GCCCCUCGCCCCUCUCAUCCCCAGCUCAUCUCUUCCUUUUCUCCUUCUUCCACCAUUCCAACAUUUCUUUUCCCUGGCAUCUCGUCAGCUCGUCUUUCCUUUAUCUUCUCCGUCGCCAGUUCGACUUCUUUUGAAAUCAGCCAGGCUGUUUCACUCUUUACAAUUUGUGUCUUUGAUAGACCCUUCGCACUCCUUACCGGCCGCGCCGAACACACCAUUGCUGCGCUCUUCAAAAGCACUACAAAGUCAACUCGACUUCAUUCCCACAGUCCUUAUCACUUCCGACAUUUGAAAAGAAAUCCAAAACCAAACCCCGUCAAAAUCUAGACAAAAUGUACAAGGCCGUUGCCCUCACUUCUAUCGCUGCCCUCGCGGGUCAGUCCAUGGCUUUCAACGCCCACCGCCACCAGCACCAGAUGGACAAGCGAGUCCUCAAGACCGACUGGUGCACCGUUUGGGAGACCGUCUAUGUCACCGUUGACCCGUCUGCGUCGACUGCCGCUCCCUCUGCUCCCGCUGCCGCCACCGGCACCGGAUUCGGUGUUCAGGAUGUCAACCCUACUGGUUCCCCUGCCGGAAACAACGCUGGAGCUGUCCCAACUGUCACUUCGACCGCUACCGUCGUCGUUGCCUCUUCCACUGCGGCUGCUUCGACCCCAGCGGCUCCCGCUUCCUCCAAGGACUCCACCACCUUGAUCACCGCUGUCCGUUCGUCUUCGGCCGCUCCCAUCGUGACCAGCAGCACACCUGCUGCCCAGGCCUCCUCUUCCGCUCCUCAGUCCUCCUCUGAGCAGGCACCUUCCAGCACUCCGGCUCCCCCUACCAGCUCGGAGACUCCCACUCCCACUCCCACUCCCACCCCUACGCCCUCUUCGUCUAAGCCGGCUCCUCCUCCUGCCAGCUCCUCUGCUGCCCCCAGCAAGGCCGCCAGCCCCCCUCCUGCUUCCGUUGGUGGUUUCCCCGGCAAGCGUGGUAUGGCUUACAACGACGGCACCCUGGCCAACACCUUCGGUGAGAGCUGUGACAAGUGCCACUGGGCCUACAACUGGGGCUUCUGGCCCUCUGGCAUCGACACCAGCAAGUACAGCUAUGUUCCCACUCUCUGGGGACCUUCCCCUGACCACUCCACUGGCUUCGAUGCUCAGGCUGAGGCCGCUCUUGCCUCUGGCUCUAAGGCUAUCUUCUCCUUCAAUGAGCCCGAUAUUGCUUCCCAGUCUAACCUGUCUCCUGCUGCUGCCGCUGCCGCUCACGCCCAGUUCCUGAACAAGUACUCUGGCAAGGCUCUUAUCGGUGCUCCCUCUGUCUCCAACUCUGGUGCUGAUGGCCAGGGUCUUUCUUGGCUCCAGAGCUUCGUCGAUGCCUGCAGCGCUCAGGAGGGCGGUUGCGCUUUCGACUUCUGCAACAUCCACUGGUACUCCCCUGCCUCGGCCAUUGACACUCUGUUCACCCAGCUUGAGCAAGCCAACAAGGUCUGCGGUGGCAAGCCUGUCAUCCUUACCGAGUUUGCUCCCUCUGGCUCUGACGACGAGAUCAGCGCUUUCUUGCAGGAGGCCCUUCCAAAGCUCGACGCCCUCGACUACGUCAUGGGCUACAGCUACUUCAUGGUUGGCGAUGGCAUCCUGAUGAACGGCAACUCCCCCAGCGACUACGGCAACGUCUACGCCACCGCUUAAGUUGGCGUUCAAGGGCAUCUUUCGCUUCCUGUAUAGUACCAGCUAGGGACAUCUCGAUGCAUCUUUAGCCAAUUUUCAGACACAAAGAUUUUAUUGAAGGAAUCAUUUAACCAAAAAAAUGGGUAUCGGGGGGGAAUAGGCGCAACUCAAGUUCAUUUGUACAUAUUUUUAACUCUCUGGUUCUUGGAUGGAACAUCCACAGCAUCAGUACACUGAUUUUUGUAAGGGGGUGUGCUCCAGAUAUUCUGCCAUAGUCACUUUUGGUGGUCAUCUCGGCCUUCCGUCUUUAUUUCACUUCAAUAUCCAUGAGACAAAGGAGAGAGAUGUUCACGGAAACAUGAAGAUCCAGUAUGUAUCUACGUAUAGAAUGGGGUCGUGGAUAAGACUUUAGCAUAGAUCUACGAGCUACGAAUUAAACUAAAGGUCUUGCGAUUUCA